AUGAAUCGAACCAGUGAUAAUAAUUCGUCGGCAGUGUCAAAGCCAUUUACGAACAUAACCGAACACGAUGCAUAUGAAGGAAAAAUAAUUGCAUUUGUCAAUCCAAAAUCUGGUGGUUUGCAAGGUCAAGUUGUAUUUGAUCAAUUAAAAGUUCAAAUAGGUGAAGAGAAUGUUUAUGAUCUUGUUAAAGAUCGUGGACCACAAAAAGGUUUAACAGAAAAUCAACAUGUGAGAAAUUUACGAAUUAUUGCAUGUGGUGGAGAUGGAACAGUUGGUUGGGUUUUAUCAGCACUUGAUACAUUACAAAUGCAAUAUAUGGAUUUUGUCAGUGUUGGUGUUAUUCCCUUAGGAACAGGAAAUGAUAUGGCUAGAUUUCUUGGUUGGGGUGUUGGUUAUCGUGGUGAAGCAUUAGCACCAGUUAUUCAAUCAUUAGGAAGAGCGGAAACACGUUUGCUUGAUCGAUGGAACAUUGAUAUUCAAGCUACUUUAAAUAGUGGAACUGCCAGUUUAAAAAUUCCACAACCUGUUUUUAAUAAUUAUCUAAGUUUUGGUGCUGAUGCUCAGAUUGCACUUGACUUUCAUGAAAAACGUAAUGCAAAUCCAAGUUUUUAUGCUAAUCGAAUAGUGAAUAAAUUAGCUUAUGGUUGUAUUAGUUGUAAUACUUUUUGGAAUUGUCGAUAUUUAUGUGGAAAUAUUGCUAAUUUUUUUGAACUUAUUGUCGAUGGAAGAAGUAUAAAUGAAGAUUUACUUCGUAUACGACCUGAUGCUGUACUUAUAUUAAACAUAGCUUCAUAUGCAGCUGGAACAAAUCCAUGGGAAGGAAUUUAUGAUAAUCUUUGGUGUGCUCGAUCACAAACUGAUGAUGAGCGAUUUCGUGAACAAAGUUGUUCCGAUGGUUAUUUAGAAAUAAUUGUUUUUAAACAUUUUGAAUUAGCACAUAUUCGACUUGGACGACGUGGUCAGCGGCUAGCACAAGGAAGUGAAAUCAAGUUACGAUUUCGACGAGAUGUACCUAUGGAAAUAGAUGGUGAACCAUUUUUACUUGGCCCUUGUCAGAUGACAAUAACACGAAAGAAUCAAGCUCGAAUGAUUGCAACUGAACGUAGUCAAGCUGCUCAACAAAUUCAAUCAACACGUAUUUAA